UGCUCCAGUCCAUAUUUUUUUUGUUUCCCCGGUUUGUAUCAGAUGUGGUGUCCGCAGUGUCUUAUGGUCACUUUCGUGCUUUGAGAAACUCUUCAAAGUUCUCAAACUAGCAUCUAACAUGCUGCCCGUCAGCCGAGCGAUAGCCUGCCGGUCGCUCCUCCGCAGCGUGGCCUCUUCGGCGGCGCGUCAGGCCCGACAGCGACACACGACACCGAUGAACACAAUCAUCAUGUUCGUGCCGCAACAGGAGGCAUGGGUCGUCGAGCGCAUGGGCAAGUUCUCCCGCAUCCUCGAGCCGGGCCUGAAUCUCCUCCUGCCCAUCGUGGACCGCGUCCGCUACGUCCAGAGCCUCAAAGAACUCGCCAUCGACGUCCCGCAGCAGUCCGCCAUCACGCUGGACAACGUGACCCUCAACAUUGACGGCGUGCUAUACCUCAAAGUGGUGGACCCUUACCGCGCGAGCUACGGCGUCGAGGACCCUGAGUUUGCCAUCACCCAGCUGGCUCAGACUACCAUGAGGUCGGAACUGGGUAAGAUCGCCCUGGACAGCGUGUUCAAGGAGCGCGAGUCGCUCAACAUCGCCAUCGUUGACGCCAUCAACAAGGCGAGCGGCGCCUGGGGUAUUGUGUGCCUCCGCUACGAGAUCCGAGACAUCCGUCUGCCGCAGCGGGUGCACGAAGCCAUGCAGAUGCAGGUGGAGGCCGAACGGAAGAAGCGGGCCGCCGUGCUUGAGUCCGAGGGAAUCCGAGAAGCCGACAUUAACGUGGCCGAGGGAAAACGGAGGGCGCUCAUCUUGGCGUCCGAAGCCGAGAAGAUGCAACUUAUCAACCUAGCGCAGGGGGAGGCCAACGCGACGCUCGCCAAGGCCGAGGCGAAGGCCAAGGCCCUCAAUUUGAUCGCCAGCUCGCUGCGCUCACCCGUGGGCGGACAAGCGGCGUCGUUCCUUGUGGCCGAGCAGUACGUGCGCGCUUUCAAGAGCCUGGCGAAGGAGAACAACACGAUCCUCCUGCCCGCCAACACGGGAGACGUGACGUCUUCGGUGGCGCAGGCAAUGGCCAUCUACAAGAACCUGUCGUCGGCGUUGCCCGGCUCGUCGUCCAAGGUGCACGAGCUGCCGGAAGACGACGUCGCCGAGUACAUGAGUGACGAGGACGACAGGAAAUCCCAGAAGACAGAGUAGAGCCUGCGUGGGCCGUUGUUGAGGACAUUAAUUAAAGGUGCUGCUUAAUCUGUU